UAUGGCUUUGACGUCAAUACACGUCAACCAGAGAACAUGAUGCCUCUUUGCAAGUCAACUCGUGUGCUCUGUAGCUGAUAGAGGCACCUCGAGCUGAAAUAGUAUAGGUCUAUUGUAUUGGAGAACGUGGUGUGACAGCCCCCGGGUUCAGCAAAUGGCCUGCUUCGUAUCGCUGCACUAACGGGAGAGUGUUGCCAAAUUGGCGUUCAAGCUGGCACGGCGACACAGAAAUCAACUUUGUCUAUUUUUAAUGGACACGCUUCGAGCAGCAGCAGCAGUGGCGGCGGCGGCGGCGGCGGCGGCGGCGGAGGCGGGCGGUUUGUUUUCCUUUCGUCUUUAUCUGUAGCUGCUCAAGUGAGCCCCCCGUGUGUCCCCUACUCGUCUGGCUACCUCCUACUCUUCCACAAGCAGUCCCAUACAGAACAGCAUGGUCAUGGCUGACAGUGUCCAAAAACCGCUGAUCCGGGGUCCGGUCCGUGUGGGCUUCUACGACAUCGAGCGCACUUUAGGAAAGGGCAAUUUCGCUGUCGUGAAGCUGGCUCGACACCGCAUUACCAAGACCGAGGUGGCCAUUAAGAUCAUCGAUAAGACCCAACUUGAUGCUGUCAAUCUGGAGAAGAUCUACAGAGAAGUUCAGAUCAUGAAGAUGCUGGACCAUCCCCACAUCAUCAAGCUGUACCAGGUGAUGGAGACGAAGAACAUGCUUUACUUAGUCACAGAGUAUGCCAAGAAUGGGGAGAUCUUCGACUAUCUGGCGAAGCACGGCCGUCUCAGUGAGCUAGAAGCCAGGAGGAAGUUCUGGCAGAUCCUGUCGGCUGUAGAGUACUGUCACAAUCGCAACAUCGUCCACAGGGACCUCAAGGCGGAGAAUCUGCUGCUGGAUGGCCACAUGAAUAUCAAGAUUGCAGAUUUUGGAUUCGGGAACUUCUUCCAGCCCGGGGAGCCUCUGGCCACAUGGUGCGGCAGCCCGCCUUAUGCUGCUCCGGAGGUCUUUGAGGGGCAACAGUAUGAGGGCCCACAGCUAGACAUCUGGAGUAUGGGGGUGGUGCUAUAUGUGCUGGUAUGUGGUGCGUUGCCCUUCGAUGGGCCCACUCUGCCUGUACUUCGACAGAGAGUCCUAGAAGGAAGGUUUCGCAUCCCCUACUUCAUGACUGAAGACUGUGAGCACCUGAUCCGCAGGAUGUUGGUCCUGGACCCAUCAAAGCGUCUGUCUGUGGCCCAGAUCAAGGAGCACAAGUGGAUGGCUCUGUACGCUCCCUUACAGAGGCCUGUUCUGUACCAACAGCCUCCAACUGCUGAGGGCGAGGCAGUUGUGGGAGAGUACAGCGAACAGGUCCUUCGCCUGAUGCACAGCCUUGGCAUCGACCAGCACAAGACUAUAGAGUCUCUGCAGAACAAAAGCUACAACCACUUUGCUGCUAUCUACUACCUGCUGGUGGAGCGCCUCAAGGCGCAUCGCUGUAGCUUCCCCGUCGAACAGCGGCUCGACCCCCGCCAGCGACGGCCCAGCACCAUCGCCGAACAGACUGUCGUCAAGUCGACCAGUGGUUCAGCACAGGUGGGUUUGCUCCCGCAGGGAGUUCGUCUGUUGCGCUCCCCUGCUGUGCCCCAAGCCUCCCCUGAUACUUUUUCCUUCACCCAGACUACAAGUCCCCUGGAGCAGCAUUUCAUGGUGGAGGACGUCAACAUACCCAAAGUGAAUGGCUGCCUGCUGGACCCCUUGCCUCCCCCCACUGUCCUGCGCAAGUCCUCCACCUCGUCGCCUAGCAACAUGAUGGAGACGUCGAUCGAUGAGGGCAUCGAAACGGAGGAGCCCGACACAGAGGAUGAUCCGCCCCACCUGCCCUCGGCCUAUCAAACAGCUCGGUUCGGCCAAAGGCGACACACCCUCUCUGAGGUGACCAAUCAGCCGGGGCCUUGGAACCAAGGUAAAUUAUUUGCUCUAGGCCACAACCCCUCCAUGGGCAGCGUGGACUCGGACAUGGGCCACGACAUGGGCUCAAUGCACAGCGACCUCGGCCUGCUGGAGGAUCCCCCCUCUCUCAGUGAAGUAGUACCAGCCAACAGCUCUUCUCCCGGCGUCACUCCUACACCUUUCUUGAACGCUCGGCCCGCCAACCCAGCAAUGGCUGUCCUGACUUCGCAGCACAGGGAGACACACAACCGCUCCCCCAUCAGCUUCAGAGAAGGACGCCGUGCCUCCGACACCUCCCUCACCCAAGGUCUGGUUGCGUUUCGUCAGCACCUCCAGAACUUGGCGAGGACCAAAGGCAUCCUGGAGCUGAACAAAGUCCAGAUGCUAGUGGAGCAGAUGGGCACUGGGGAAGGACCUGCUAUGGGACCCCUGGGACCUCAGCACCACUUACACAACCUCCUGGAGGGUGAAGCAUCCAAGCAACAAGAGGGCCUAGCUUUAUACCAAGGCGGGCUGCAGCCGCCUCUGCUGUCUCGCAGACAGAGUUUAGAGACACAAUACCUCACUCAUAGACUACAGGCCAACGUCUUGGCUAACAGUCCCGCUAGCUGCCAACUUUUCUGUCAGGAUACUCGAAGUUUAGAGCAACAGCUGCAGGAACACAGACUGAACCAGAAGAGGAUGUACCUGCAGCAGUCACAGGGCAUGGGGCUACAGGUCUACUUCAACCAGAUGCAGAUAGCUGAAGGAUCCUUCCCGACAGGCGGCCCUGCUCUGGACCAGGCGGCAUCUCAAAGUUCCCCUCAGGGCCCCCCUAUGUCAGCCGCCCAGCAGCAGGGCAGUCCUCAGGCCUCGCCUCCCUUCAACCACCCCCAUAGUCUGAGCCCAUUGAUGGAACCGGGCGAGGGCCUGGUUUAUGAUCCCUAUAUGAGCCACCACCACUACACCCAACACCUGCCCCCUGGAUCUCACCUCCAUCACCAGCUCCACCAUGCCCUGCCUCAUGAAGCCUCUUCCAGCGGCCUGGGCUUCAGCUACCCUGCAGGCUGUGAGCAGCAGGCCCUGGGGCCUUCCACUGAGGGUCUAUAUCCAGAGCAGUACGAGUUCCCACUAGACCCUGCCUGGUUGCCCCCGCCUGCUCCAGGAGAGGCUGAAGCCGGGGUUUUGGCAGGUCCGGGGCAAUCGGACGGCUUGGGCCUGCCUGAGUUGCAGGGCUCCCUCCUGGACAGUGAGAUGAUGGAGACCGUGGACUCCCAGCAUGGCUUCGUACUGGUCAACUAAAGCCAGCUGAGGAGUUAAUAGAAAGCAGUAUUAAGCAAUGAGAACCUACACAGCACUAAGAGCAGAGAGAAUGGAGAUAUAAGUGGAGACCAAGUGUAGCAACAGGGAAGGAAAAGUGUUCAUUUUUGUACGACUAAUACAAACUUAAUUUCUUAGUUGUGAUGAACCUCAGACAACCUUUCUACCACAAUCAUCCCUUAGCCUACCUCCCUUUCUCCCUCUCCUCCCCUGUUAUCAGUUCUGUAAGGCAGGAACAGGUCCAAUAUGGCACAAUGCAGGCUUCGCCGUGCUGACUUGGCGAGGCUGCCGUUGUCACGGACAUUGUGACACCUGUGAGGACUGCGGCUUGCAGCCUGGGUGGUGCUGCACAUCCUGGAGUCUACCAGAGUGCAGCAUUUCACCUAGAAAUGGUUUGGAAGUGAUCUAAUUUAGGACUGACUGUCAGACAACCAUAAAGACAAUAGCUGGCAGUUUUUUGUGUAUUUAAAAUAGGGCACCAUCAACAACAUUAGACUGAUUCUCAAAACACUUGUGUUUUUUUAUUUUUUAUUUCAGUAGAUAAAAAAACAACUGAACAAAAUAGCCCUCAUUUAUCACGAUACCAUGGAAAUCACUGCAAAUUCAAGUGUUAGUGUUUUUCGUCCAUUUUAUAGAAAUUAAUUUACACAUGAACGCUAACGUGAUGAGUGCACAGCUUUCAACACUAACAUUUACACUACUCCUCCAAAAAACAACACCUAACUCUUGAUGGUCAUUUGCCUAAACAUGCUGAUUGAAGCACCAGGUUUGGGAGUAAUGCACCAUUUGUUGAGCUUGUGUUUUUAACAGCGUUAAACUCUCCAAGCCUUUUUGUUUUAGUUAAUUGAUGAAUAAAAUGAUCACAAACAUGUAGGCUUUUGUGUAGACCACAUGACAUAAGUAAUAGUUUUUUUGUUUUUAUAACUUGUAACUACUGACCCUGAUUUAUUUCCUACACUACUGAACUGCUUUUUUUCGCCUUUCCUUCCUAUUGCACACACUUGCCAGGUGUCAAUAUACUCUGUAUAGGGUAUAUGAGGGUAGUUACCAGUUUUUGCAGGCUAAUGCCCACAUCUGUUUAAAAGUUGAAUUGUGAUCAUGCGUUUUCCUGAUAAAUGAGGGCUGAUGUAAUUAACGUGUUUGGUUGAGAAGUAGCGGUGUUUUAGACAGUCAAUAUUAUUCUAUUUUUGUGGCAAUACUCAAGCAAUAUUAAUCCUUAAUGUUGAGGGAUUAUGAAUGGAAGCCUCACCUGUAGAGCCAACUCUGAUUGCUUCCCGGGGACCUCUGAGUCCUCAGCAGUGACGUCACUUGAGCUGAUGAUGUAACCAGGAGAUAAUCUCCCUCUCACUCGCCGUGUGUGUGUGUGUGUGUGUGUGUGUGUGUGUGUGUGUGUGUGUGUGUGUGUGUGUGUGU